AUGGCCCCCCGUAGAUCCAUUGUGGUCCUCUUGGUCGCGCUUAUCGGGAUCUCACUCGUUAGCGCUGUUCGCGUCCACAACAAGACUCGCAAUACGAUAUGCAUCGGAAUCACGACCAUGCCGAGAUACCCGAGCGGCUUUGCAGCCCAGCUUGGCCUCACGGCCAAUAUGGCUGCAUAUACCGCCAUCGAUGUUGUCAACAAUGACUCGACUAUUCUGCCGGAUGCUACAUUGGUCCCAUUUGAAGUGGUCUCGUACGGCGUCCCUGGUCUCGGUACACUGGCUAGCUACACCAUGGCUGCUCACAAUUGCACAAUCAUCAUCGGCGACCCGUCCAGUGGAUCAAACAUUCAAUCGGCGGUCAUGAGUGGCUACGAGAAGGUUCCCCAAAUCUGCGGCAACUGCGGUAGUCCAGUCUUGUCCAACCCACCCAUCUAUCCAUACUUCUUCCGAACCUUUUACAUGGGUUUUGUGGGAGGCGUCGUGUCUGUCGUCCGUGGGUUCGGCUGGGGCAAGAUUGCGAUUGCAUACUCGCUUGAUGUGCUCUCCAGUAGCGUGGCCCAGUGGAUUGUCAACGACGCCGCAGCCUACAAUAUUGAGAUUCUCACGAUCCAAGCCUUUCAAAUCAGCGGCAGCGCAUAUGGCAACACUACUGCCAUGCAACAAGAAAUGAUUCCUAUCUAUCAAUCCAUCAAGGCUUCGAAUGCCAGGAUCAUUGUCCUUAUAACAAGCGCCGAUAUCAUAGACUGGGUAUUCUACGGUGCAGUAUCGUAUGGGUUCAAGGGAUCCCAAUAUGCAUGGUGCAGCACACAGCCGAUGGGUAGCUCUGGAAUGAACAGCACCCAAAUCGACAGUGCCUAUGGAAACGGAACCCAUGUGUUCUCAAGAAGUGUCCUUGUUCCAAACUUCUACAUGUACUACAACUACAACACCUCAAUCUUCCGAACUUUCAACACAACAUACCGCUCCGAGGUUGCUUACAGAUAUCCUGGCUCGGCCGCUUCGAUCACUUCGUGGCUCUCGGCUGACGGUUCGGUUCCCUUCGAUACAGCUGUGCGCGUUUACGAUGCCACCUUGGCAAUUAUCCACACAUGGGACAGGAUCUUGAACCAGCUGGGCCUCGAUGCGAGCUACAUUCCGCAACUGACAAAGCAGGGCGUCUUUACACCCGCUGAAGUCACGAACACCCAGUAUCUGGGAAUUGGAACACUCCCCGUCUCGUUUGAUAACACCGGAAGUGAAAUAUUUACGGGCGUUAUCCUCCAGAAUUACGGCCCAACAAUCUAUGCGCCCGCAUAUAACAUGGUGGCAAUUGGAACCUACACCGCGACUGGAAUCAAUCUCACCAUGACCCCAGACUGGACGACAAGCAAUGGACUCCCACCCUUGGACCACCCACAGUAUGCCCCGGAUCUGUUCAUGUUCUGGAACGCGGAUAGCGGAACCGACAGCGUUGCCAUCAUCUUUGGCGUCCUCUAUGGCAUCCACGUCCUCGCGGCCUUUGCUUCGUUCUUCAUGGUGAUCGUCAAUCGAAACAAGUCUGAGAUUUCCCGGACCGGACUGGUCUACUACAUGGUGGUGACGUUUGGAACACUGCUCGUUGCCAUCGAGGGUCUGUUUGACCUGUCGGGAUCCUCUGUGGUGUGCGAGCUCGACGCCUGGCUUCUUGGCCUUGGAAUCACGGCUGUCUUGAGCAUGGUCAUGGUCAAGAUCGGCCGAGUGUUCCGGAUGGGACGAAACAAGAAGUUGAUGGAGCGACAGUACAAGAACGCGCACUUCCUGAUCUCGUUUGCCGUCACAUGGACGAUCCAAAUUAUCCUCCUCAUCGUCUGGGCCGCCACCCAGUCUUCAGCCAUGACAACCACCUACACCGACACCACCUACAGCUACCAGUGUGUCAACACUCUCGGCAAUCCCACGGGCAUCACUAUUGUGCUGUACAUUUACAUCGGGCUCUUGGUUUUGGGUAGCCUGGUUAUCGGAUUCUGCCGCAAACAGGUUCCUCCCGAGGAGGACAGGGAGGCCACAUAUGUGGUGAUGGCGCUGCUCAACAUGGGGCUGUGCAUGGGUCUCGAGCUAUGGCAGGUCACCAACACCAACAUGCCUGUGCGGAUGAGAUCGCUCCUCCGGCUGAUCAUCCAGUGGAUUGGCCUCUUUGCCACCCAGAACCUCCUCGUCACCCUCGACCUUCUCCAUGCUGUUCGCAGCGAGAAAGGAUCAGACACCCAUAGUAUCAGCACGACCCGCGGGGGAACGACAACCAAGAAGCCUCUGUUGCGCCCGCAGAACACACAAAGUGUUAGCAAUGUUGAUCUCUUCACCAGCGCAGACGUCAUUUGGUGCAAGAAAGGUAUUUUUGGCCAAUGGAGCCAGGCCAGCAUCCAAUUUUGCAAAUACUACAAGCCCUUCCUUAAGGUUACGGACGAGGGCGACAAGGGAUGUGGAUUCCAUGUCCCUCUCAGCAAGAUCUCCGGAGUGGACAUGCACAUGGUCGAGACCGACUCCUUUGUGGCUACUCUCGACGGGUCCAAGUACACAUUCCAGACCGAGAACGGGGACAUUGCAUCCAAGUUCACGUCGCUCCUUGGAACCCAAAAGCCAACUCCUGGAAGCGGCACCGUGUGAUAAAUUACAUGUCUCUCGUCUGCGCUGCAUCAAACGCACUUUGAAUUACUCGGCGUUUGAUCGCAGUUUCUCCCUUAUCACUCUUCGAGUUCUUCUCCGUUUAUCAUCUCUUCUCGACUGUGCUCGGCAUGAUAUGUAUGCUGGUGCGACUCAAUGAUGGAUUGCCCGUUUCUUUUUGGAGCUCGAAAGCGAUGUUAUCGAGCUUGGCAACUUGCAUUUCGGCACUUUAUGAUUGGUGGCCAGGAUCGCCACUUUGCACAAUACGCAGACCAGCAAAAGUCCGCUUCAAAUACAGUCCAUCCAGCAAGAAACGGGACGGUCACUUUCU